GCUGUUGGCUCCUGGAUAGGUGGAAUCCCAGUCCAGAUAGGACAAACAUGUCAAAUUUUCUCUCUGCAUUUCUGUAAUUCUAAGCAAAUUAACCACUUCUUCUGUGAUAUACCCCCCAUCCUCAAGUUAGCCUGUGGAGACCUCUCUGAACAUGAGAUGUCAGUCUAUGUGGUAGUUACAUUGUUUGCCACAUUUCCUUUCAUGUUGAUACUUGUCUCUUACAGCAAAAUCAUUUCCACCAUUCUGAGGUUGCCCACAGCCAGGGGACGGGCCAAAGCUUUCUCUACAUGCUCUUCCCACCUGCUGGUUGUGUUUUCAUUCUUUGGAUCAGCUUCCAUUACCUACUUAAGGCCCAAAUCCAUUCAUUCUGCAGGAACUGACAAACUGCUCUCUCUUUUCUACACCAUAAUGACUCCAAUGUUUAAUCCCCUGAUUUACAGUCUUAGGAACAAGGAUGUGAUCACAGCACUGAGAAAACUAUUACUUAGAAAAAUGGCGUGA